CGUCAUCGCCCGCCCGCCCGCGCCGAUCGGGGCCACGUGGACGGCGGCGUGGCUGCAGGUGGGACCUAGCCCAGCCUCCUCCGCACCGAUCCGAUCUGCGCCGCACCAUGAGCGUGGGGUUCAUCGGGGCCGGGCAGCUCGCCUUCGCCUUGGCCAGGGGCUUCACGGCCGCAGGGGUCCUGGCCGCGCACAAGAUCACGGCGAGUUCCCCGGACACCGAGCUGCCCACCGUGAGCGGGCUGCGGAAAAUGGGCGUGAACUUCACGGUGAGCAACAAGGACACGGUGAAGGGCAGCGACGUCCUCUUCCUGGCCGUGAAGCCCCCCAUCAUCCCCUUCAUCCUGGACGAGGUGGGCCCCGACAUCGAGGCCCGUCACAUCGUGGUCUCCUGUGCUGCCGGUGUCACCAUCAGCUCCAUCGAGAAGAAACUCUCGGCCUUCUGCCCCACACCUAAAGUAAUCAGGUGCAUGACGAACACCCCUGUGAUUGUCCGGGAAGGUGCAACCGUCUAUGCCACUGGGACUCAUGCAGACGUGGAGGAUGGGAAGCUCUUGGAACAGCUGAUGGCCAGCGUAGGCUUCUGCACUGAAGUGGAAGAGGACCUGAUAGAUGCUGUAACAGGGCUCAGUGGCAGUGGCCCUGCGUAUGCAUUCACUGCCCUGGAUGCUCUGGCAGACGGAGGUGUGAAAAUGGGACUUCCCCGCAGGCUGGCCGUCCGGCUUGGAGCCCAGGCUUUGCUGGGUGCUGCCAAAAUGCUGUUAGAAUCUGAACAGCACCCGGGUCAGCUGAAGGACAAUGUCUGCUCACCUGGGGGAGCCACCAUCCAUGCCCUGCACUUCCUAGAGAGUGGUGGCUUUCGCUCACUCCUGAUCAAUGCAGUGGAGGCUUCUUGCAUCCGGACAAGGGAGCUGCAGCAUUUGGCAGACCAAGAGAAGAUCUCCCCAGCAGCCAUAAAGAAGACUUUGUUGGAUAAGGUGAAAUUGGAGUCUCCUUCUCUGUCUUUGGCAUCUGCCAGCAAAGUCAGUCUGUUUACCAAUAAGAGCCCCAGCAGCAAGAAGAACUGAACAGACUGCUGUAGUCUGGCUUUGCUGAACAUCAGUCUCCUCCAUGCCCUUUCUUUUUUGUCUAAGGAAAAUGCUUACUCUGAAUGUUGGUGUCCUCCGUACCUGGCUCUUGGCUUGCAGCAGCUGUGGGGCAGCACAGAGCUGUAGAAGAGGGUCUGUAACCUCUAGAGGAGUUUGAGCCAACUGUCCCUAGCAUUGCUGUUCUCCAUUGGGCAGGUGUGAUACCAUCAUCAGAGCUUUGUCAAGGGCAUCAUUUGUCCAGAAGCCUUGAAUGAUUCCAGAACUCAGGCAGUGUUCAUUGUGUCCCAUGCAGAAAUGGUUUCUAAUAGUUUUUUUAAGAAGUUUCCAGAUGCUUUUUGAUUUCAAAGGUUUGAACCAGACUUGGAUCCCACUUACCCCAUCUUGCAUCUGCUGUCAGAGCUUGUGUCUUGUUGCUGUCUGUAUUAGCUAGAGCAGGUGCUGCCACACAAAUACAAUUCUGUGUACUACAUUAGAGGCUGGGCUCUAAUGCACCUCUUACAAGGUACCAAAGUGCCUCUUCUCCAUUUCCCAUCAG